CGUGCUUUGUAUAGAGUCUGUACUCGUGUAUUUUUCGAAAUCCUGUCUUUUGGGUCAGACAUGUGAAAUGAGCACAGUAAAGUUAUUAGGUGUGAGGAUAAGUCGACACUUGAGCAGUCGCUGUUUUAAUCCCAGCGUUUUGACGAACACGCGAAUAAAUAAUAAUAAUAAUAAUAAUAAUAAUAAUAAUGAAGCAACACGAUGUUUUCUAUGUCCUGGGAGAGAUUUCAGUACGGUUCCGAAAGAAAAGAAAGAAGACGUUACUUCCGGGAGCAAAAGAAAACUGAGAGCUGCGGAUAUCGCAGAAAAGCUUCGACGUGAAAAAGAGAAAAAGGCAGAGCCGACAGAUAAGGUUCCGGUAUCUCCUGUACAGCGGAAUGUAACAGAACUGAAGCAGCUCACACAACAGCUCCAAUCUGUCCAUCCAAAUGUUUUCGCAAAAGCACUUUCUAGGAGUAUUCUGUACCAAGACCAAAACCUCAUUGCGAUAAACAAACCAUAUGGAGUCCCAGUUUACAGUACUGGAGGCAUCAGGAACAGCAUUGCAGAGAGUCUGCCGGUCCUGGCCAAGAUUACUGACGGUAUGAAAGGAGGAUCUGAGCUGCACGUCUGUUACAAUCUCGAGAAGGACACGACAGGAAUUUUGUUCCUGGCCAGGACGGACGAGACUGCCGAACGAAUACACAAUCUCUUCAGAUCACAUCAAGCAGAGACGACAUACAUGGUGAUCACCGUUGGUGUCCCUGUUCCUUCCGAAGGGGUCAUUGACAUCCCUAUCAUUGAAAAGGAAAUCACGGGGGACCAGCAUCACUUUAAGAUGGGUCUGAGUCCGCUGUAUAGACCGAAUGAGGACGGAGACGGGCUGGUCCGAGUGAGAGCUCACCGCCAAGCACACAGCGCAGUUACGCGCUACAAAGUCCUGGACAGCAGCUCAGGAUGCAGCUUGGUGGAGCUCCAGCCAAUCACAGGAGUGAAACAUCAGCUGCGGGUUCAUAUGGCGUUGGCUGUGGCUUGCCCUAUUCUGGGAGAUCAUAAAUACGCCCACUGGAAGAAGCUGGCUCCUCAGAAGUUACCGGAAGGUGUGCUGCGGCAGCUUGGACUGGAGCAGAGCAAAACCCGACACCUUCCUCUCCACCUCCAUGUCCGACAGAUCACCCUACCAGGGGUUAAGGGUCACUGUGACCUCACGGUGUCCUGUCCGCUUCCCAAGUUCUUCACAGCAGCCCUGAAAAAACUGCAAAUCCAGCUGCCAGAGAAGCCAUAAGAGAUGAGCACCACCACCACCUUGCAUAUGACUAAACUCUUUAACUAGAGACCAAGGCUUACAGGAAGUCAGAACAGCAUCUAUUAAAACGAGAACAGGAUACGUCGACUGUGCACGUGAUAGAUGCAAGCAUGCAGAUCAGAUUGCUUCGAGACAAGUCUACGUUGACUUGGGUGAUUAAGGGACCUCCGUUUCUACAGUAUAAGAGUUUAAGAUUGUGUUAUGUCUGAUUUAAUGAAACCAAAUAAACUGAGCUUCAGUGCAAGCCCUUAAAACCUCUAAA